AUGAAGACUCUAGUAGCAAGACCAGUUCUUGAAGCUAUCAUCUCCUUUAUCAUUGCCGUUAUUUUGCUUGCCUGCGGCCUCAUACAUACUACUAGUCUUCUUCUUCAAAACCCAUUCAUUUUCCCUGACUCAUUUAUAUGUGUCGAAUAUGAGCAUGACGAUUUGUUCCACCGCCGCGGU